UUCACAUUUUAGACCAGUUUUAAACAGAAUUCGGUUAGUAUAAUACAUAAAAAUAACUACAUACAUACAUGUGUAAUGCAUAUUUUACAUAUAUAUAUAUAUGUAUCUAAAUUAUCAAUUUUAACCCGAAAUCUCCCGUGAUAUAUUUUGGGGUUCAGUUUAAGAUACAGUAAGUAUUCAAAGCAGUUUCUUUGGAGUUUGCACGCCCCAGCCUCCCCCUAUUUCCAUGCGUACUUCGUCUUGUUUUCUCUUUACACGUGGAAUUGGGAACUUACGAGAUCCGUUCAGCGCUCAGCCAAAUGACGUAGAAGUGCAGCAGGUACCACGUUCCUGACCCCGGAGUCUGAUUUCGCGCCCGCACUGCUGUUUCGCGGGAAGGCGGGAGCCUCGCACUCGAUGCCGGGCGCUAUCCCAGGGGGCUGGGCCGAGCCCGGGGCGCCCCUUCGCUCCUCGCCUGUCGCGUUCGCUGUAGGUUUCUGUCUGUUCUCGGGUGGGUGGCGUGGGCUUCCCGUUUCCCUUCGUCCAGGAUUGAGGUGCUCGCGUUCUGUCGCCCGCAGGCUUCUGGCAGUGUGGGACGCACCGCGGAAAGGCGGACGGCGGCGCCGGCGGCCCCGAGGCGGCCCGGGCGGGCGGAGCCGUGCCCGGCGCUAGGACCCAGCAGGACGCGAGGCGGCUCCUCGGGCCGGAUCACAAAUUCGUCGUGACUCAGUCUCUGCUCAGCGCGGAGGCAGCGGGAGCAGACAGCCAAGAUGGAGUACGAGUGGAAGCCCGACGAGCAGGGGCUCCAACAGAUCCUGCAGCUGCUCAAGGAGUCCCAGUCCCCGGACACCACCACGCAGAGAGCCGUGCAACAAAAACUGGAACAACUCAAUCAGUAUCCAGAUUUCAACAACUACCUGAUCUUUGUUCUUACAAAGUUGAAGUCUGAAGGUCCCUCUGGAUGGCAUCCCUUCCUUCUGUUGUGUGCUGUUCAACUGUGCUGCUCAACUUUGUCAUGUGCAGAUCUGCUAAGGGAGCACUCAGUCCCAGAUGAGCCAACACGUUCCUUGAGUGGUCUUAUCUUGAAGAAUAAUGUAAAAGCACAUUUUCACAACUUUCCAAAUGGGGUAACUGACUUCAUUAAAAGUGAAUGUCUGAACAACAUUGGUGAUUCCUCCCCCUUAAUUAGAGCUACUGUAGGCAUUCUGAUAACAACCAUUGCCUCAAAAGGGGAGUUACAGAAUUGGCCUGAACUCUUGCCAAAGCUUUGCAGCCUGUUGGAUUCUGAAGAUUACAAUACCUGUGAGGGUGCUUUUGGUGCUCUUCAGAAGAUAUGUGAAGAUUCUGCUGAAAUUUUAGAUAGUGAUGUGUUGGACCGGCCACUCAAUAUCAUGAUACCUAAGUUCUUGCAGUUCUUCAAGCACAGCAGUCCAAAAAUACGGUCUCAUGCAGUAGCAUGUGUCAAUCAAUUUAUCAUCAGCAGAACUCAAGCUCUUAUGUUGCACAUAGAUUCUUUUAUUGAGAAUCUUUUUGCACUGGCUGGUGAUGAGGAGCCUGAAGUACGCAAAAAUGUUUGCCGUGCUCUUGUAAUGUUGCUGGAAGUUCGAAUGGAUCGCCUGCUUCCUCACAUGAUUAGUAUAGUAGAGUACAUGCUUCAAAGGACCCAGGACCAAGAUGAAAAUGUGGCUUUGGAGGCAUGUGAAUUUUGGCUGACUUUGGCUGAACAGCCAAUUUGUAAAGAGGUAUUGUGUCGGCAUCUUACUAAGCUGAUACCUGUGCUUGUAAAUGGUAUGAAAUAUUCAGAGAUUGAUAUUAUUCUGUUGAAGGGGGAUGUUGAAGAAGAUGAAGCUAUUCCAGAUAGUGAGCAGGAUAUAAGGCCUCGUUUCCAUCGUUCGAAGACAGUGGCUCAGCAACAUGAAGAAGAUGGUAUUGAAGAUGAUGACGAUGAUGAUGAUGAACUUGAUGAUGAUGAUACUAUUUCUGACUGGAAUUUAAGGAAAUGUUCUGCUGCUGCUCUAGAUGUCCUAGCUAAUGUAUUUCGUGAUGAACUUCUACCACACAUCUUGCCACUGUUGAAGGAAUUGCUCUUCCACCCCGAGUGGGUAGUUAAAGAAUCUGGUAUCCUUGUUCUUGGUGCAAUUGCUGAAGGCUGCAUGCAGGGUAUGAUUCCAUAUCUUCCAGAGCUAAUCCCUCACCUUAUUCAGUGCCUCUCUGACAAAAAGGCUCUUGUGCGCUCCAUUACAUGCUGGACUCUUAGUCGCUAUGCACACUGGGUAGUUAGUCAACCCCCAGACACAUACUUGAAGCCAUUAAUGACUGAGUUGCUAAAGCGUAUCUUGGACAGCAACAAGAGAGUACAAGAAGCUGCCUGCAGUGCCUUUGCUACUCUAGAAGAGGAGGCUUGUACAGAACUUGUUCCUUAUCUUGCAUAUAUACUUGACACUUUGGUCUUCGCAUUUAGUAAAUACCAGCAUAAAAACCUGCUCAUUCUUUAUGAUGCUAUAGGAACUCUAGCAGAUUCUGUAGGACAUCAUCUAAAUAAACCAGAAUAUAUUCAGAUGCUAAUGCCUCCAUUGAUCCAGAAGUGGAACAUGCUGAAGGAUGAAGAUAAAGAUCUCUUCCCUUUAUUAGAGUGCCUGUCAUCAGUUGCUACUGCCUUGCAAUCUGGCUUUCUUCCAUACUGUGAACCUGUGUACCAGCGCUGUGUAAAUCUGGUGCAGAAGACACUUGCACAAGCCAUGUUGCAUAAUGCUCAGCCAGACCAAUAUGAGGCUCCAGAUAAAGAUUUCAUGAUCGUGGCUCUUGAUUUACUCAGUGGUUUAGCUGAAGGACUUGGAGGCAACAUUGAACAGCUAGUGGCUCGCAGCAAUAUCCUGACACUAAUGUAUCAAUGCAUGCAGGACAAAAUGCCUGAGGUACGGCAGAGUUCUUUUGCAUUGUUAGGUGACCUGACAAAGGCAUGUUUUCAGCAUGUUAAACCUUGCAUCGCUGAUUUCAUGCCAAUUUUGGGAACCAACCUAAACCCGGAAUUCAUUUCUGUGUGUAACAAUGCCACCUGGGCAAUUGGAGAAAUCUCUAUCCAGAUGGGUAUAGAAAUGCAGCCUUAUAUUCCAAUGGUCUUGCACCAGCUUGUAGAAAUAAUUAACAGACCCAACACACCAAAGACGUUGUUAGAGAACACAGCAAUAACAAUUGGUCGUCUUGGUUACGUUUGUCCUCAAGAGGUGGCCCCCAUGCUACAGCAGUUUAUAAGACCCUGGUGCACCUCUCUGCGAAACAUAAGAGACAAUGAGGAAAAGGAUUCAGCGUUCCGUGGGAUAUGUACCAUGAUUACUGUCAACCCCAGUGGAGUAGUCCAAGACUUUAUUUUUUUUUGUGAUGCUGUUGCAUCAUGGAUUAGCCCAAAAGAUGAUCUUCGAGACAUGUUCUGUAAGAUUCUUCAUGGAUUUAAAAAUCAAGUUGGGGAUGAGAAUUGGAGGCGUUUCUCUGACCAGUUUCCUCUUCCCUUAAAAGAGCGCCUUGCAGCUUACUAUGGAGUUUAACCUCAUGCACUGUAGCUGCAGUCCCAUAAUUAGAGGUCCUUCAGUCUGGGAGACUAUGAGGGAGCCUCUGCACCCAGGGAAAAUGUUACCCUUUACUGGGGGGAAGGGUAAACCAGUAGGGAAUACAGUACAAUCCCAACCCUACUGGGAGGGGCGGGAGGGAGGUGUUGCCGUCACUGUAUUAAGUCGAUGUUGGGAAAUGUUUUAACAUCUGGAGCCUUUGUGGGUGGAAAUCUGUCUCCUAUUACACCUCUGCACUGGAUGUGAAGAAAAAAAAAAGAAUCUAGUCACAAAACAGCACAUUCUGGAAUAUUGUGGGGAUUUGUAUCAAAAUAAGAAACCAUAUAAUUGAACCAUAGGGAUACGUAAAGAGGAAAAAUAUUUUGCGCACAAUAAAGGAAACCUAAGAAUGGGGGUCACAAACAGUAAAAGGCUUUCUUUUUUGUUUUCUGUUUUUUUAAGUAAGGGUUUUCUACAUUAUUUCAUCCUGCUUGAUGGGAUUCCUAGAUAUUUGCAUGUUAAUGAAGAACUACACAAACGAAGUUAGUACAGUUAAAAUGCAGCUUGUGUCUGUAUUAGGAACAGGCACUUGCAGUGUACAGUAUAGAAACCCCAUCGUAAAAUAAUAAAGGUUAACUUGGACAAAAUGAAGCAACCUGCAAGCUGCCAAAUAAGUCACUCCUUUCAUUUUUGGGGUAAGGAGAGGGACACUGCAAAGGAAAGAUUGACAUCUUAAUUUUUACAUUAAGAAAAACAACCAAGGUAGUGGAUACGAUUUUAUUAUUGUACUUUGUUAGUUUUGAUUUCUAGAGUAAGGCAUUAUUCUUAACUUGCAGUUUAAGGUUCAGGCAUGCAUUCUGGCUCAUAGUGAUCAGAAGUAAUUUUAAUUAGUGGGAAAGUAGCAUGCUUGCAUCACAUAGAGUGAAAUUGGUAUACAUUUACCUAUGUUGCACCAGUUUUGUGUUGCAGUUUACCAAUUCAAUAUAGCCCUGCAUUUAAAAUUCCUUUUUAAGAUUCAGUGGAAUUUAUUUUUAUUAAGAAUAUAGAUAUAAAGUACUGUAGUUAACAAUUAGGCCUUGAAAUACCUUUUUAGGAUCUGUUAAGAAUAAGAUUGAUAUUGUAUUGUGUGUAACCUGCACAAUGUGGAAAGCUGAUAUAGCUGUGCAAAAUAUUUGCCUCUGUGCUGUCAGUGUGAUGUGCUUUCUGCAUGGUUAUAUACUAGUGAUUUUAUCAGAAUCUCUAAAAUGAAUUACAUGGUAAGACCCGUUAAAGGCUGCAUAAAUGUUAGUUGGCACGUAAAGACAAUUGUAGAAGUUGAUUACAAGAUUGCUAUAUUUGUGUUUAUUCCCACUCAACGUAUUAUCUUCUACGCUUUCUUUUUGUUCAAAGCAUGAUCUUAAAAGAUGUUUAAGUUAAUGGAUGUAAUGCAGGGUAUCUACACUGUAUCGGCGCAUGUUGGUGGCCCUUUGUGAUGUAGUUAAAUGCACAGGGGUGCAAGUUUAAAGCUACAGAGUGAAAGUUGGUUUGGAUCCUCUUCAUUUCAUUUGUUUAGCUUUUCUGUUGUGUUUUUUUUUUUCUCUACUUACAUGUAUUCCUGUGAAUAAAUCCUCGUUAAGUUAACGCUUUA